AUGCCUCCAAAUAACACCAAUGGUUCCAAUAAUUUAUCGAGCCCUCCUCAAUCGAUACCUUUACGAGAUCUAACACGGCCACCUGAUUCUGCAGAUUUGGGAGAUGGAUCGCGGCGGCACACACGAGGGAGGAGUCUUUUGGCAGGGGGAGGUCUUCGUCCGACGGGAAGUCUAAAUGCUGGUACUGGGUAUGAAAGGCUAGGGGAUUCUUCUCCCAGUCCAGGAGGGAGACCGGAUCGAACAGGUAGCUCAGCGAUACCUCUGACACUACAGUCUACGAUUGGGGAAAGGCACGAAAAUGAAAUAGAAACCCCUACAUCGCUUGUGGGAAACCCUGCAGAUUUUCAAGCAGCAAUGGGAUUCGCUGGUCUAAAUGUACCGGAUAUCAGUUUAUCUCAUGCUCCGCGAGAAAGGUCCAUGUCUUUUGGAUCUCAGCACUCUCUCACACCUUAUGCGCACUCUUAUGGGGACAUGGGAGAUAACGACAAUUCAUAUUUUCCCUCCGAUUCUGACCAGAUACCUUUGACGGAUUCGAACCAUCUGCAGCCCAUGGGUGGGACACAACCCACUACUCCAGAUGGGCAGCGACAUGAUAGGUCUAGCUUUCAAUCUAUCAAUUUCAACUCACCAAGUUCAAACUACAGAGGGUCUAGACUAGGUGAUGAUCUUCCUAAUGCGGAAGCAGGUUACUCAUCAUAUGGUACAAGGUCAAGGUCGCAAAGUUAUGGAGCUAACCUGUCACCCAGUGGACGCAGAUCUAGAUCUCCAUCUACUGUGGGGGCUCUAUCCAGAGCUGGGUCGAUGAUGAGGGCUAUGUCGCAACGUGUGGUUAAUCUGAGUGGUGAAGCCGAGGUCAUCGAAGAAAGCGCUAGGAGACAAGCGCACAGUAUUGAGGAACCAUUUUUCCCUUCGCGGAGAUCAUACGAACCGAAUGUCGAAGAUACAGCUUACCGGCCGAAUACGAUGUUUCCUCCAUUUGAGAAACCCCCGUCAAGGACUUUGGAUGGACCUGGAACGGAUCAAUGGCAGGCACAGAAUCCUCCUAACCCUCUCAGAGGAAAAACACUAGGAAUCUUUUCACCGGAAAACAAGCUUCGGCUAAAACUUUGCGAUUUUCUGGUUUAUCCUAUCACUGAACCAGCAAUUCUCAUAUUGAUUGUUAUACAAACAAUUCUCCUUGCGAUAGAUGCGGCUCCUUCUGUUUAUACUCACCCUCGGCGCCCUGGAUGGGGCUCUAAAACCGACUGGGCUUUACUGGGCCUCUUUAUAAUUUUCACGCUGGAAGUGAUUGCACGUAUUAUUGUGUCCGGUUUCAUUAUUAAUGCAGCCGAAUACAGUACAAUAGACCGGCAACGUGGAGCCAGGGCAGCAAUCGUGGACAAGUACCGAUCGAUAUUUGCACCUCAGCGAAAAUCAUCUGUCAGAAGAGCCCAAACAUCAUCUUCCGAGGAAACCACCAAUACACAAAUGCCUAUCGUCAAUACCUUCGCUCAAAUGCAAGCAAUGACCAGCACUGUCGAGCAAGCCCAGCGAUUGCAACUAGCUAGGAGAGCUUUUCUCAGACAUUCUUUCAAUCGACUCGAUUUCGUCGCAGUCGUAUCUUACUGGGCAGCGUUUGCCAUCAGUUUUCUUGGAGUAGAGCACGGCUAUCAUCUUUACCUAUUUCGCAUGUUAAGCUGUUUACGUAUUCUUCGAUUACUUGCCCUUACAAACGGUACUGCUAUAAUUCUUCGAAGUUUGAAAAAAGCGACUCCAUUGCUACUCAAUGUUUCCUUUCUUAUUGGAUUCUUCUGGCUGUUGUUUGCUAUCAUCGGUAUACAAAGUUUCAAAGGAAGUCUUGAUCGUCAAUGCGUAUGGAUCGACCCUGACGACAUCCAAAAUGCGCAAAAUACUGCAUUCGUUAAUAGCAACCAAUACUGCGGAGGACAGUUUAACAAGGACAACUCGUCUCAUGAUCCCUGGAUGAAAUCAACCGAUGUGAACAAUCCUUUCUACCCUUUAGACUUUGGAGCCACUUCGUCCAAAGGUUACUUGUGCCCCGAGGGAUCUUAUUGUCUUCAACUGCCUCCUGAUCAACUUCCUUUCAAUGGAACUGUCAGUUUUGAUAACAUUGCACAGUCUUUGGAACUCGUGUUCGUUAUUAUGACAGGUAACACGUUUACAGAUCUCAUGUAUUACACCACAGAUUCAGACUAUCUCGCCGCCGCAAUCUUCUUCGCAGGAGGAAUUGUUAUUAUGAUGCUUUGGCUUAUGAACUUGCUGAUAGCCGUCAUUACUUCAUCUUUUCAGGUUAUCAGAGGAGAAGGCAAAACAAGUGCAUUCGCUGCCCAUGCUGAUGAUGAUCAUCCCGAUCCAAAUGUAAACAUGCCACGACAGGUGAGCAAGCUAAAACAGAUGUACGAUAAAACAUAUUGGCUCUGGAUCGCUAUUAUUGUCUAUGAUCUCAUAGCUCAAGCUUUCCGGAGUUCCGACAUGACGGAUUCUCGCUCAAGAUUCAUCGAUCUUUCGGAGGUGGCGGUAACAUUUUUGUUGUUAAUCGACAUCGGUUUGCGAUUUGCCUCCGAUUGGCGGGAUUUCCACAAGCACAAGAGAAAUUUAUUUGACUUGGGACUUGCGAUCAUUACCACGGUGAUUUUAUUGCCACCCAUUCGAAAUUCAGGUCAACCUUAUGCUUGGCUUACCGCAUUCCAGAUUCUCAGAAUCUAUCGGGUUGUCAUGGGUGUCGAGAUCACGCGAUCCUUGAUCAUGUUGGUGUUGGGAAAUGCAAGUGGUAUUGGAAACCUUGUACUCUUCGUCUUUCUUAUCACUUUCUUGGUUGCGAUAUUCGCAGUUCAGCUGUUUCGCGGCGAGAUCCCCUCACAUGAUGACUCUGGAGAAUAUAUACAAGUCAAUUUCUCUACGAUUUUCAAUUCUUUCUUGGGUUUGUAUCAAAUUCUAUCGAGCGAGAAUUGGACCACACUUCUUUAUAAUGUUACCGGCAUUGAUAAGUCACGAAACACUGCUUGGAUUGGUGCAGCAUUCUUCAUUGGAUGGUUUAUUCUCGCCAACUUUAUUCUGGUGAAUAUGUUCAUAGCUGUCAUUCAAGAAAAUUUCGAUGUUUCAGAGGACGAAAAACGCAUGCAACAAGUGAAGGCUUUCCUGACCAGGAAAGAGGUCGAUACCUCUUCUAGCAAUCUCGCAUUAUCGUCUAUCGUUCGAUUUGGUCGCUCCAAAGCGAAAAAAGACCCCCUCGAUUAUGGGCCGGCAACCAUGGAGAUGCUAUUGAAAGAUGCGGUUGUCAAGGACUUUCUCGAUGAUGAAAUCGUUCCGGGACAGCACGAACACAAUGCGGAAAAUGCUGCUGCAGAGGCAGCUGGUGUAAAGCCUGGAUACUUAUCCUCCGUCUGGGGUAAUUUCGUGUCUAAAAUCUGGAACAGGGAACCAAAUCCCUUUUAUUCCAACAUAUCGUUUUCUCUCAAGACCGAUGACUCUAAAGGUACCCGGGCAAUGGCAAAAGAAGCUGUCUCAGCCUCAUCUCAGCGCAAGAAAGCACAGCGUGAAUACUUGGCAAAACACCCAUCUUACAAUAAUGCCUUAUUCAUUUUUAAACCUAAUAGCCCUAUCAGAAGGCUUUGUCAAAGAUGCGUAGGGCCUGGGCGUGGAAGCGAACGUUUUGAUGGUGUUGAGCCUGAUUUGACCAUUUGGUAUGGCUUUUCGGCAUUCCUGUACCUCUGCAUUGUCGCAAUGGUCUUGUUGGCAUGUAUAACCACACCUCUGUACCAAAGAGAAUACUUCAUAGCCAAUCCUGAGAAAUCAACCGGUAAUAAUUGGUUCGUCUUUUGCGAUUUCAUCUUUGGGAUCAUUUUCACCGUCGAAGCUCUCAUAAAAGUCAUUGCAGAUGGGUUCUUCUGGACUCCAAACGCAUACUAUAGAAGUACAUGGGGUUUCAUCGAUGGUCUAGUGCUUAUUACCUUGUGGAUCAAUGUCAUCACUUCAUUGAUGGACGAUGGAGCAAUUGCACGAGCAGUUGGAGCUUUCAAAGCCUUGCGAGCUCUCCGAUUGCUCAAUGUCAGUGAUAGUGCAAGAAAUACAUUCCACUCUGUGAUUCUUGUCGGUGGAUUUAAAGUUCUUUCGGCGGCCUUCGUUUCCAUGUCCCUCUUAAUUCCUUUUGCAAUUUAUGGGGUAAACCUUUUCAACGGCCAGUUGGAGGCGUGCAAUGAUGGCGACAUCACUAAUUUGACCGAUUGUUCUGGUGAAUUCUACAAUCAGCCGUUUAGUGGUGAUUGGAACAUUGUUUCACCUAGACAAGUUGGAAAUCCCUGGUACGAUUUCGAUAAUUUCGGAGGCUCCUUAUUCAUCCUUUUUCAAAUCGUAUCCCAAGAAGGUUGGGUCGACGUAAUGUUUCAGUCAAUGUCCAUUACUGGCCGUGGUCUUAAUCCGGGUGAUCCUACAUCGCGCGAGUUCAAUGCAGUCUUCUUCGUCCUUUUCAACCUUCUUGCCACGGUCUUCAUCCUUACUUUGUUCAUCUCUGUGUUCAUGCGAAAUUACACGGAACAAACGGGAAUCGCAUUUUUGACAUCUGAUCAGAGAUCUUGGGUGGAGUUGCGUAAACUUUUAAGGCAGGUUUCUCCAUCUAAACGGCCUUCCCAGAAAGAUCCACGUUGGUGGAAAGACUGGUGUUACAAGAGAGCCACUCGAAAGCAUGGAAAGUGGCAUUCAGCUAUGACCUUAACUCUUGUCUUCCAUCUCAUCCUAUUGUUAGUGGAAUUUUACCCCGAGCCACUAUGGUGGGAUAGAACUAGAGAUUAUAUAUUCUUGGCUUGCACAGUUUUCUACAUUCUCAACAUUUUUGUUCGUAUAACUGGUCUGAGCUGGGCUCGAUUUAAACGAAGUUCAUGGGAUGUUUUCUCGAUUCUUGCAGUCUUCGGUACACUGGUCACGACAAUCCUCCUUCUCACCAACUUCAAAUCUCAAGUUUAUGUUCAACUACACAAGUUAUUUCUUGUUUCUAUCGUUCUACUCUUGAUUCCCCGAAAUGAUGCUCUGGAUCAGCUAUUCAAAACUGCAGCUGCUAGUUUGACAGCCAUUGGAAAUUUGUUGGCAACUUGGUUUGUCCUGUUUAUGGUCUUUGCUAUCGCUAUGACUCAAACCUUUGGACUCACUCGAUUUGGUGAACAAGAAACCGACAAUCUCAACAUGCGAACAGUACCGAAAACGCUUCUAAUGCUAUUUCGUAUGUCCUGUGGAGAGGGUUGGAAUCAAAUCAUGGAAGACUAUGCGACUAUCACACCUCCAUUCUGUACUCAAGGUGCCGAUUUCUUUGAUAGCGACUGCGGAAGCCCUACAUGGGCUCGAGUAUUAUUCAUUUCGUGGAACAUUGUGAGCAUGUAUAUCUUCACUAGUUUAUUUGUGUCGCUCAUCUACGAGAGUUUCAGUUAUGUCUUCCAACGAUCCAAUGGCUUAUCUAAAGUUAGUCGUGAUGAGAUCAGACGCUUCAAAGAGGCUUGGGCUACGUUAGAUCCGGAUGGUACAGGAUUUAUCGAAAAGGAACAUUUCCCAAGACUUCUGGGUGAACUCUCUGGUGUCUUUGAGAUGCGUGUAUAUUCACAUGAAGAUUCGGUUCGCAGAAUUCUCGAAGAUAUACAAACGGAACCAAGCAGUGGUAGAAUGAAUUCUAUUUCAAGCCCCAGCGCUUCUAAUGGUAUUGAUUUGAAGAGAUUGAAUGAAAGAAUUUCUCAAAUUGAUGCCGGUAGAGUCAGAAGAGACAGAGCGAGAUUUAAUCUUUUCUAUGAAGAGGUUUUAGUCUCGGCAGAUCCUGAUCGGGGUAUUUCUUUUACGACAGUAUUGAUGGUUUUAGCUCACUAUAAUGUUAUCAGUGACAAUAAGAGCUUGAAACUUGAAGAAUUUUUACGUCGCCGCGCACGUCUUCAAAGAGUGGAAGAAGAAGUCCGAAGACGAAUUGUGGUUGGAUUCUUCGAUACUAUGUACUGGUCCCGAAGAUUCCGCAAACACAUGGAAAGGAAAAGGUCUGGCCGAAUGACGGAUAUUCCUCAAUUGGGCCCCGAAGUUUACGUCGACGACGAAGAUUCAUCUACCCAGAAACAUAAAUCAACUGCUUCAGGAAGCGGAGCUUUACUUUCACCAACAGAUAUUACGGAUUCGAGAAAUUCGUUUAUUACCCAUGGACUUGAUGGGGCACCACUUAGACAGAGAAGAGGAACGGAUGCGGAUAUUGGACUGGGUUUGAAUACUUCGUUCCCUUCAGUAAGCUCUGCAGUGAGUCCAACUUUGAGUCCGCUGAAAGCGCAUGGACCGCGUGGAUCGACAUUUUCGUUUGAAGGGGUGGGUGUAGGAGCUGGUGAUGGGAGUGCAAUUAAUAGCACGGCAAGCAGUAGAAGGAAUAGUGCGGUAUCUGCGGAGAACGUCUUGGAAGUGUUGGAUAAUUCAGCAUGGGGAGAGAGUAUCAGGAGGAGUUUCACUACAAGGAGAAGUAGUAAGGGUGGGAAUUAG